CACCCACCCAUCGCAACGCAAUGUCCGAGCCAGCGCCGCCGCCGCCGCCACCGCAGGCACCAGGCUCGCCGCGCUCCCCUCGGCCAAAUACCAACGACGGCGACCUGCCCCUGCCCGCCACGACGCCGGGGUACGGGCCGGGCGUGUUCGUCGGCCAGCCUGCGCCGCCUGCGCCGCGGCAGAGCGUGUCGUCGCUGCUCAUGCUCACCAUGUUCUUCUUCUUCAUGAGCGGGAACGGGCCGGCGUACCAGCCUGUUGUUGGCCCAGACGGCGAGUUUAGGCCACACUUGACUGAGCUCCAGCUGCUACGGACGCAGGUGGGGGAGUAUACUGCGUUCUUGAACGGGACGGGGAAUUGGACCGAGCCCCCCACCCCAUCCCUCCUCCCCUCGGCCAUCACACCCCCAGCAUACGACCACACCGCGCUCGCGGCGGCCCACGCGCCCUUCUUCACCAACAUCACCGGCUGGUACCGGCACGCAGCGGCGCACACGGUGGACCUGGGGGUACCGCGGCCCGAAGCCGCGGGCUUCUUCGGCUCGGUCGCGCUGCCCUCGCUCAACACCACGUCGGCGUUCAACUCGACACUGGCGACCGAGUCGCGCGGACGGUUCAACUGGUCCGACGCGGUCAAGUGGGACUUGCACGUCAGCAAGGAGCGGCGGGUGACCUUUCGCGGGGGGAACGGCACGGCGCUGCCGGAGGAUGGCCACGGAGCGCAUGGUGGCUCCCGACCCGACCCCCGCGCGCCGGACGACUGGGUCUGGGUCAAGGGCACGUCGACAAUCGAGACAAGUAUCGGCAGCGCGGUCAACUACGGCUUCUUCGGCCUCCACUUUGUGCCAAACGGCACGUACACCCUCUAUGCCAUGCCCGAGGGGCUGCACAUCGACGUGCGCAACAUCCCUCCCCUUCUCCCUGCCCACCACAACAUCACGUCCAGCAUCGUGCUUGCCGAGCUGGAGAAGGAGCUCAAGGCGCAGGAGGACAGCUUUGUGCUCACCGACGUGAAGGACGAGCCCGAGGACAUGGCCACCCGGUGCCCCCUCGUCAUCCAGGUCUCCCUCCCUCCGCUCCCGGCAGGCGUGCACCCCGCCGACGUGGCAGCGUACGAGUCUGAGCUGUCGAGCCCGACCGGCAUCCUGACCAGCCUCGUCCGCCCCCCGCGCUACUGGGAGGGCAAGGGGCUCGGCGGCGUUGCCGUGUCGACCGAGUGCGCGCUCGCGAUCGGGUUCGAUAACGGCCGCGGCGUGCCGAUCGACGACUUUUGGCGGCGCAGCGUCAACUACGCGGCGUAUGCCACUGUCACACAGCUCGUCAUCCUCGUGCUCCUUGUGCGCCAGAUGGAGGCGACGAGAACGCCGAGCACGCUGGCCAAGGUCUCGCUCUGGUCCAUUGUCAUCAUCCUCCUGUCUGAUGCCUGGAUGUUCUCGGCGCACGCGGCCAUCGGCCUCGUGUCCGACAACAAGGCCAGCUUGCCCAUGCUCGUGCCAGGAUUCUUUGGGUUCUGUACCGUCUUCGUCUUCGGUGUGCGCUAUGCCGUCCUGCUCAACCGUAUCCAGGCGCCGGAGAGGACUUACACGCCACCGGUAGCUGCACCAGCAGCUACCGCUGCCAGCGCUGGCGCUGGUGCCACAGAGGCCACCUCACCCACCGACACCACCACCGACACCCCCGAACCCCGUCGCCCCUUCUCCGAAGUCGUGACCGACAUUGUCCGAGAGAACCCCGCCAUCCAGUGGUUUGGAGGUGUCCUCUUCACCAUCUUCAUGUUCAACAUCCUGCUAAUGCCCUCCCUCGUCCCGUUCGUCCUCUUUGCGACCAACUCGAUGUGGGUGCCGCAGAUCUACCGCAACGCGACGCGCGGAUCGAGCCAGUCGCUCUCGCACACGUUUGUCGUCGGCGUCGGCUUUGGCCUGCUCGCCAUCCCUCUUUACCCGCUUGCGUGCCCCAACAACAUCUGGUUUGUCGACAAUGCCGAUUGGGUCUGGGGAAUGGUCGUCUGGCAGAUUGUUCAGAUUCUGAUCCUCUUUGCCCAAGAUAGAUUUGGCCCUGCGUUUUUACCCGCCCGCCUCGGCGUCCAAGAGCUGCUGCGGAUGGGUUGGACGAAUCCGCAGACUUGCUGACAGGAAUACUCACAGUUUGCACCAAAAGAGGCCUACAAUUACCACCCUAUGCUGCCGCCUCCAGACGCCGAGAACGCCGGUGGUGGCGCGUUCGAGGGCGGCACGACGUGUUCCAUUUGCAUGGAGGAGGUCAGCACGCACCCGUCGGGCCCGUCAACCGAAGGCGGCAGCGGGGCGCUGCUCGGCCUCAACUCUCGCGCCUCGUACGCCGUCGCACCGUGCCACCACCUCUUCCACACCAAGUGUUUGGCCCAGUGGCUUGCCAUCAAGACAAUAUGCCCACUCUGCAAACGCAGCCUCCCACCAUUGUAAUUGUACAACCUUGUCGUGUACCAUACCCAG